CCUCACCUCUGCUCUCGCUCUCCCAUCCAUUCUUCCUCCCGCCCACUCCACUCUCUUCCUCGCCUUGUCUUAGGCGCGCCCGCACCUCUCUCUCUGCUACCAUCGUCUUUCCCUCACAACCACCACCACCCGCCAGCCGAGCGAGUCGCCUUCUGCCGCCUCAUCUCGCUUUCCCUCUCUCCCGUCCCCUACCAGCCGGCACCGCUUCUCUCCGCCCGACGUGCACGCACUCGACGACACUUUCGUUUCACAUCGCCGUCACCGUUUCCUCGAACCCGGCCCCCCCCAUUCUAGCGCCCUCUCGUUGGCGACCUGCCCACCGCCCAGGCGCUCCCCCGGCUCGAGCCAUUCCGCAACCCAACGGGAGACCAUCACAGGCUCGGCCACCACAACAAGACAUCACGACCGACGCCGUCCCGCCCGCCCGCCCGCCCGCCGGCGCCUUCUGCUGCGCAAGCCCGCUGCACUUCGAUUUCUGCUGCGUGCCGGAUGCUGUCGAUUACCAGGUGCGGACUCCAAUCCUCCUCAUCUUGGCGGCUGAGGCGACAAUGAAUGGGACGCUGAGCGACUGAAUACCCUCGCACAAUAGAUCGUUUCACAUUGGCUCAUCGGGCACCGCCGCCGCACCCUCCGCGACGUUCCUGCAACGAAACCAUCGUCCACUGGCCUCAACUGUUCCCGGCUGUUGCUCUACGCCUGUCACGCCAACACGGCACUGAUCUCGCGUCGUCCUGCCCGACUGCCGCCCAGCUCCCCCAGCCUGUGCCGAAGUGCACGCCACCCCAGGUCGCUCGCAGCUCAAGGCAGGCCUCUUGCAUAGGGUUGGAUCAGGGAGCAGAGGCAAAGACAACGGCUUUCAUGGACGAUACGUCGCGACUCUAGGCUAUUCGGCUGAUCUUCUCGCCGCCCGUGAAAACGUGCCGGCUGUUCACAACGCUUACGCUUUCCCCGUCUCCCAUCGUCGCUUCCGUUUUCCACGUCCGAGCCUCUGGCUUGUUCGUCUGACCCGAGCGGCACUACUGCGCCGUCUUUGUGCACGGCACACUGCGCCUCUAAUCAACCACGACAGUUUCUUCGACGCAUAGGCCGCCGCAAAAGCCACUCGCCGGGCAUAACGUCCGUUUCGGACCAGCGCGGCCAUGGCCGCCAACAUGCAGCACAUGGCUGGCGUUGGCCAGAUGGGCAUGCCGCAGCAAAUGCGGAAGCCUACAACUACGCAUCAACUCCAGCAAUACGUCUAUCAACAGAUUCUCUCCCGCUCACAAGGACAUGGUGGUAUGGCAUGGCACGCAAAUAUCAACCUUAGCGAUCGCAUGGGCAAGACCAUGGAGCUCAUUUCCAACAUCACGCUGGCCGUCAACAACGGCGACCCCCAGCAGGCUGCCAUUAUGGCCUGCAAGUUUGAGGAGGACACUUUCAAGUCCGCAACAAGCAAGGAGAUGUACGACUCAAACAUGAAUGGCAAGAUCAUGGAGUUCUUCAAGAAACGCCAGGAAAACGAGCCGAAUCUCCAAAACUCUCUCAACGCCCAGGCACAAGCUGCACAAGCCGCCCAGGCCCAGGCUAUGAUGAACAUGCAGGCGCAAAUGGGUCGGGGCAUGGGCCAGAACCCCCAGCAAGGCUUUCAGCACCUCCAGCACCAAAUGCAAGCGUCUCAAAUACCUCAGCAGGUCCAGCAACAACAAGCUCAACAACAGCAGAUGGGGAUGGCAAUGGGUAUGCAAGCGGGCCGUGGGGGCAUGCCGAACCAGCAGGGCAUGGGUAUGCCGCCGAAUCGACCACAACCUCAGGUUAUCGCGGCGGAAAUGUCUCGGCUUGCUCAAGCCGACAAGGCCAAGGUCAUGGAUCUUGCGGCGAAGCUCAUGUCCCAGACUCCAGAGCCGCAAAAAGCGAACACGCGGAUGCAGCUGCAGCAGAGGCUGGCACCACAGCAGCUGGCCGACCUUCAAUCUCAGGGCAAGGAUCCGCUGUUGUGGUUUUUCCAGACACAGGCGUUCCACAUGCUCAAGAACAAUAUGAACCGCCUGCAGCAGCAGGGCGGACCCCCGGGUCAGAAUGCCAACCAAGCCGCCAUUAUGCAGCAGCAGCGCAGCCAACAGUCCCUCCAGCAGCAGCGCCAGGGCAUGCUGAACGCAGGCGUGGGCCAGUCCUCGGACUUCUCGCAGUUCCCUCCCGGCAUGGACAGCAUCAAGGACCAGCAGAUGACUGGUCUAAUGGCACAGCAAGCCGGGCAAAUGGUGGUCCCUGCCAGCGGAGCCGGCCCUCGAAACCCGACGCCGCAGCCGGCAAACCAGGCCCUGGCUGGUCAGCCCGGGCCGAACCAGACUCCGCGACAGGCUCCCCCACAACAGCAACAGCACAUGCAACAGCAACAGCAGGGCGCGAAUCUUCAGCAAAUGAAGAUGAACCAGGCCCAGCAGUCCCAGGCCCAGCUUCAGUUGAAGCAGAUGCAAGGCCAGAACGGCAUGAUGGGUGGAGUUGGUCCUUCACAGAGCCCCGCCAUGAACACUCUUAACACGCCCGUAUCGCGCCCGCCGGGAGGCGUCAACAGCGGCAUGGGCCAGGGCAUGGGCCAAGGCGGGAUGCAGUUUGGCGAUCAGCGGUUCAACCAGGGAAUACAGCGACCGAACAGCCAGGCCUUCCAGAACAUGCUCGCCAGCAUGACGCCCGACCAGAGAUCAGCUCUCCAUGGACUCGCUCCCGACAAGCUUAACGACGUCAUGCGACGGUGGCAGAGCACGCGGCAGGAACAGAUGGCGAUGAACGCCGGUCAGAUGAACCCCCAGAACCGCCCACCGAACCAGUUCGGCGGUCAGAUGAACAUGAACAUGGGCAUGGUCGGCGCCCAAGGCCCACAAGUUAUGCAGCAGCAGCUGCCAAACGGGCCAGGCAACGCGAGCCUACAACAGCAGCAGAUGCAGAUGCCCCGGAUGCCCAUGCAGAACACGCAGGCACAGAUGAUGAUGGAUCAGAUGGAGCUUCCGGCGCAAGUCCACGCCCAGAUUGCCCAGCUGCCUAUCGAAGUCAAGAAGUGGAGGGAUCUGAAGAUUUGGCUCAGCCAAAAUAACACGCUGCCGCAAAAUGUCAAGGGCCAGCUCAGUGCUCUACAGCAGAAACAGUUCCAGAUUCUCAUGCAGAGACGGGCCUCGAUGCAGCAAGCCGGGCAGACCCCCGGUAUGAACCCGAUGGCGGGCGCGAUGCCUGGUCAAAUGCCGAAUCAGCAGCAACAACAGCAACAGCAACAGCAACAACAACAACAGCAGCAGCAGCAGCAACAACAACAACAACAACAACAACAACAUCAGCAGCAAAUGGCUAUGCAACGUCCGAUGAACAGUAUUCCGCCACAAGUGCUUCAAGUGACGCCGCAGGAGCUUAUGCAGAUUCGGGCGCAGAGGCCUAACCUGUCCAACCUGCCUGACGAGCAGCUGCGUGCCAUGCUGUUGCACAUGAAGCGAACGUCUUGGGCACAGUCACAACAGUCACAGCAGCAGUUGAGGGCUCAACAAGCACAGGCACAGGCCCAGGCUCAAGCCCAGGCGCAAGCACAGGCACAGGCUCAAGGCCAGCAGACUACGCCAGGCCAGAUGCCUGGUGCCCCCCCGGCGCCGGUCCCGAUGCAACCAACACAGUCGGCGCAGCAGCAAAACCGCACGCCACAACCGCAAAACCAGGCCGGACCGAAUGGUGCCAUGAGGCAGACAGCCGCAAUGACGCAGGCAGGCGCUCAGAGGCAGCAGCAAGGGCAGGCCACUGAGCAGGCACGCAACAACCGGCCCGCGCCGGCCAAGAACAACCUGAAGCGACCGAGCACCGACGACGCUGCGGACAACGUGGAGCCAUCGAACUCUGCCGCUUCCGGGCUUCCGCGGCCGCCGUCUCAACCCAACCAGCAGCAGCAGGGCUCCAAGGGCCCGGCAUUAACGGCACAACAGGUAGCCGCCAUGCCACCGGCGCAGCGGGCCAAAUACGAGCAGUAUAGGAAGAUGCAGCUGGCUGGACAGGGCCAGCAGGCCGCGGCCUUGAUUCAGCAGCAGGCUGCCCCGGAAGGUGUCAACCGUCUAAGGCAAUUCAGUGCAGAGGAGAUGCGUGCUUUUAGGGAACAGCCAGCUUCCGAGAUCGCCAUGAGCCCGCAGGAGCGCAGCGAAACUGCCGCCAAGCUGCAACGAAUCGCGGGUGACAUGACCAAGGUCGGUCGCGGACUCACCAAGUGGUAUUCAAUUACGCGAGAUGAUGUGCGCGCCAAGAUGUUCUUCAGAACGCGACUUCGUAUCAUGAGCCAAUUCUCCGACGGCGAUCACAUGCAGGUGCUCAAGGACAAGUUCACCAUCCGAUCGUCCGAAGUGGACCAGGCUCGGUCCAUGUUGGAAAGCAUGGCCAAGGACCUCGCAGCGAGCAUGAUGAGAAGCGGACACAUGAAAGCUUCCGGGCAGGGACCUGCGCCUGCCGCCACGCCAACCCCGCAGCAGCAGCAGCAGCAGCAGCAGCAGCAGCAGCAGCAGCAGCAGCAGCAGCAGCAGCAGCAGCAGCAGCAGCAGCAGCAGCAGCAGCCGGCGGCGGCGGCGACGGCGGCGGCACCGCAACAGUCUCAGCAGGGAACGCCCCAGGCACAGCCGGCCCCGUUGAGCGCAGCCAACCUGGAGAAGAACUCGCAGGCACUGAACAAGGUGAACCAGCAGAAGGGAUCCGCCAAGGCGAAUCAGGUGCCGCCCGCCCCAAUAGCGACGCAACCGCCCUUCUCGUUUGGGGCCGCCUCGCCGCACGGGAACCCAAGCUACAUCGGCAAGCCCAAGGACAUGAACCUGCAGCUCCCGCCUGCACGGAAGAAGCCCAAGCUGUCUGGGCAACAGGCUGUGGGCCAAACAUCGCAGGGCGCGACACCCUCGCCCAAGCUGAACAAGAACGCGUCUCCCGAGAUGCGCCGAGCUGAGCCGCCAAAACCCGUGUUCACGUGCAAGGAUGCCGAGUGCGCCAACUCUACGCUCACGUUUGCGACGGACCAGGCGCUCCAGCAGCACGUCCAGGAGGAGCACGUGAAGCCGCAUGAAGACCCGCUCAAGUUCUGCACGGAGCACCUUGCGCUGGCGCUUGGCCUGGACCCCGACGGCUCCCCGAAGAAGGCGGCGGAGACGUCGGCGGCGAUGAGUGUGUCGACUUCGAAGCAGGGCCAGACACCGGUCAACGUGGGCGGAACGCCAGCAUCCCAGGACGCCGGCAUGAAGAGGUCGGCGAGCGGCGCCGGGAAGUCUCAGGAGGUCAAGAAGCCGGGCAAGGCGGAUGCCGCAGGGCAGAAGCAAGGCGACGGCAAGGCGGACACGGCGACGGCGGCUGGGCGCUCAGAUCCCUGGGCGGGUUGCACCAUCGACCCGCAGGCGUUCUUUGCCAACUUGGGCUGGGAAAAGGGUAUCGGGCUGCCCAACCUGGUCAGCGAAGCCAACAUGUACCGGUCCCAGACGCCCAAGGACACUCCCGAGUCGAGCAAGGACAGCGGUGCCAGCGAGCCCAACAGUGACAUAUCGGAGAGCGCGGCACUCGACAUUGAUGUCUACUGGCAUACGUACGAGAACGUGGACUCGGACCUGCUGCUGAAUCUCGACAGCGCGACGUUGAAUGGAGAGACGGUGCUGAAGGGGCCCGACGGAGAGACGAUGGACCCGUUGCUCCUAUUGGAACCGCCAAUGGGGCCGGCGCCGGACUGGGGGGACAUGAAGAUUGACUUUUCGCAACCUUUUGAGCUGGAUACCCGGUUUUACAGCAUGGCGACGUAGUCACGACGGGCGCAACGGGCGCAACGGCCAGCACGGACACUACGAACACCACGGCUCUGUUUUCCUUCAUAUUUUUUCUUUGUUCUCUCCCUCUUCUUCUUUCGCCCGCUUCUAUUUUUGACGCAAUGACUUUUUGCUGUUUUUUCCUAGAUUGGUUGGGGAUUCUCUUUCCGCCUCGGUCCGUGGAUUGCGGGCUUUGAAGAGGCCAGAGACGAGUGAGGUCAAUUGUUACAUGGAAGCGUUGGUGUCACGCGUGAUGCGAUGGUGGUUGCUGCGUAUCCGAUGGAUUUCUUUGCCGUUGAUUCUUGUUUGCCUCGAGGGGCCUCCAGGAUAUAUACCCACGUUUUCACGCUACGAUGCAUGCGGGCGCAGGAUGGCACAAGGGCUGCGUGGAGGAAGGGCGAGGGCGAGGGGGCGCAUAAAAGUCAUGAGGCCAGGACGGGAAACUCUGGAAAAGGGGGGAAUACAGGGGAGGCGGCUCAUCAGGCGUUGAUAAUAUGUAGGCGGAGCGGGCCAGUCGUCCCGGAGGCAAGGCGAAGGAGGCAGGCAAGGUGGGAGAGCGGGCAGGCAGUGUUUGUACCAUGAGGUUGGCGCGACGGCACCAGGCCAGCGACAUGCAGAUGAUGUACCCAUUUGGGGAGAUGAAGGAACUUCCAUGUUUUAUUGAGGGUUCUGGUGAUGAUGACGGUUCCAGUCUGGUUUUUGUUUGGUCUGUUAGAUUCGGAUGCGGCAUGCGUGGCGGUGGCAUGCCAGCCAUAAGACAUGAAGGCAAAACUGCUGACGGAGCCUUUUGUGUAUUUGACUUGCGGCUGCGUGUGUCUUAAGGGCGCAUAUGCCUGCCCGGGCGUGCAUGUGUUGUAGAUGUAGUAUGUAGGUAC